ACAACUUCAAGUUGUAAGUCGACUUUCAUCAAUAUUCGCGGUGCAUCAGCAAAGAUGCAAUGACUUCGUGCGAUCCACGAUAUGAUAUGUUCAAUACUGAUUUGGAAACAGGGCAUGGCAGACCUUCCUACUUUAGGACUGUGAACUCACACGGCGAUGGUGUCCACGUCUUCUUUCAAAUGAUUCAAGCUGGUAUCAUACUCCUCACUCGCCGAUAUGGCUUCGCACAAUCGAGUGCCGUCGUCUCCAGCUACCCGCCUUCCUAUACAUCGACGUGGCAGGUGGUCUUUGUCGGGCUCUCGUCUUUUCUGUUCGACAUUGCUUUGUCGGCCUUUGGAAUUCCCCAUGUCACCUUCAAAUAUCUAUCAAAUAACAAUGUUUUAUUUCGGCAUGAUCAGCACAAGCCUAAAUUCUACAUCCAUACCAUGAGCUCUGUCAUACCACAAACUACGAUGCCCAACAAUCUCAACUGCACGGUUUCAAGACCUUGCCCCACACCGCUCUAUAGUCUCGGUCUUUGUCCGGAAUGACAUGAAACUACCACCGACAAAGUUUAGUGCUAAAAGUAAGGCAAUCCCGAGCAACCAUUUGUGCUCUCUCCUGCACACCACGACUGGGACCUUUAGUCCGCUCAAACAUGUGAAGUUCCCUAAGCUUCACCUUCGAUAAUUGGGUUUCUCUUCACCGAGUUGCUCGCCCGAUGGCUGCAUACCUAAGCAUACUCUCUCAAGUCAGCUACAUAGACCUCUUGAGUGAGUUUCUUGCCCAAGAGCUGUAUACUCAGGUAUGCUCCGUCAACCCGUUCUGGGGAAUUUCUUGAUUGAGUUUCCUCUCAAUGUUUACAUCACUCUGUGGUGCGUUGGCACUACAAAAAACUCCUCUUCACUUUCAGACCGUGUGCCUAGAAGAAUAUAAACAACUCAUUGACGCAUACCGAAAACUCUCAGUUCUGUGGUCAUCGACACAGAAAAUCCUGAGUACCAAAUUCCCUCGUCUUUUCGAAUAUCUCAAGAUCUUUGGAAAGUAACGAUUUAGGAUGUCUGCCAUCAAGACUUAUCAGGCUCUGAACAUCGGUCUGGUAGGACGUUAAUCUCCAAACGACAAGUUUCGCAUACUGUGAUUACAAAAUACAGUACCUGCAGGACAUCACUCGACAAUUUUCGUUUGCAACCUAUUUGCUGCUAUCAAUUUACUCGACGUUACCGAGAGGAUGUUCGCGGAUGAAGUCGCUUCAUUUCCUUUCUCAAACCUAUACUUCCUCUGGAGUGUGUGUUUACCUGGUCUUGUGAUCCAAGUCCAGUCAAAUCAACUACCUCGACUCUCUACGCAGAUGCUUCUUUCCAGCUUAUGGCUCAUCCAGCUCAGCACGAUAAUCUGUAUCUUAACAAGCGCUACUGAGAUACCUCCACACCUCUCGACUGUGUGCUGUAUAUCCAGAAAUAUCACGAAAGAAAAUCAUCACAAGCAUAGUGCUCCUUUCUUCAGCUUUGACAUCAAUUUCUCACCUGUCUUUUUCAAAAUCGAAGCACCUUAUGUCUCCCAGACUUAAUGCCAGCUUCUCUCUUGUAACCUCUUAAGCACGAUGGUAUAAAUGGCUUGAAUCCCUUGAUUUGCUCUUCUGGAUUCUCACGAUUACCUUCAAGAGUCACUAGAAGU